AUGUCUGAUCCAAAACCAUUACCAUUUAUUUAUCAGUUUAUGUCUGGUGCCAUUGCUGGUGUUUCUGAAAUUCUUGUUAUGUACCCAUUAGAUGUGGUUAAAACUAGACAACAAUUAGAUUCUACUAACAUGUACAAAGGUACUCUCAAUUGUAUACAGAAAAUUAUUAAGGAAGAAGGAUUCUCUCGUUUAUAUAAGGGUAUUUCUGCUCCAAUUUUAAUGGAAGCUCCAAAGAGAGCUACCAAAUUCGCUGCUAAUGAUGAAUGGGGUAAAUUCUAUAAAAAUUUAUUUGGUGUUCAUAAAAUGACUCAACCAUUGGCUGUUUUAACUGGUGCAACUGCCGGUGCUACCGAAUCUUUUGUUGUUGUUCCUUUCGAAUUAGUUAAGAUUAGAUUACAAGAUAAAACCACCACUUUCAAAGGUCCAGGUGAAGUUGUUAAACAUAUUAUCAAAGAAAAUGGUAUCUUAGGUUUAUAUAAAGGUAUGGAAUCUACUGCUUGGAGACAUAUUUGGUGGAAUGCAGGUUAUUUCGGUUGUAUUCAUCAAGUUAGAUCAUUAAUGCCAAAGCCAAAAGAUGGUAAGGAAAAGAUUUUAAUCGAUUUAACUUGUGGUACUAUUGGUGGUACUUUUGGUACUAUUUUAAAUACUCCAUUUGAUGUUGUCAAAUCUAGAAUUCAAGCUGGUUCUACCAGAUAUAGAUGGACUUAUCCUUCCAUUGUUUUAGUUGCCAAGGAAGAAGGUUUUAGUGCAUUAUAUAAGGGUUUCCUUCCAAAGGUUUUGAGAUUAGGUCCAGGUGGUGGUAUUUUAUUAGUCGUUUUCACUGCUUCUAAAGAGUUAAUUAAUAUCCACGAAGAAAUAAUUGCCAUGUCGUAUAGGGGGUAUAUGUCCGCAUCAGCACCUGCACCAUCACCAGCCUCCUCGGCCACAGCUAACGGUUACACAGGUCCCAACUUAAAUGUAACCUUACUUUGUCCAGAAUGCAAACAAUUCCCCCCUGAUUUAAUAGAAAGAUUCAGUGAAGGAGAUAUAAUAUGUGGAAAUUGUGGACUUGUACUCAGUGACAGAAUAGUGGACACCCGAUCAGAAUGGCGUACAUUCAGUAAUGAUGAUCAAAAUGGAGAUGAUCCUAGUCGUGUAGGGGAUGCUGGAAAUCCCCUUUUGGAUCAAGAAGAUUUAUCAACCAUGAUUUCAUACGUUCCGUCAAAUACUAAAGCUGGUCGAGAUUUAACUAGAACACAACUGAAAUCGUUGGUGGAUAAGAAGAAUAAUGCAUUGACUUCGGCAUAUAUCAAAAUUGGAGAAUUGUGUAAUGUUUAUCAAUUACCGAAAACUGUUGUAGAUGCUGCAAAACAUUUAUAUAAAGCCGUGAGAGAUGAUAAACUACUCAGAGGUAAGACUCAAGAUGCAGUAAUGGCAGCGGUUAUAUUAUUGGGAUGUAGAAGAGCAGAUGUACCCCGGACAUUGGAAGAAAUUAGAGCAUUAACAAAUGUUCCUUCUAAACAAAUUGCAAAAGUGGCAAGAUUAAUUAAAAAGAUUAUUCAUUCGCAUUUAGUAGCAAAUCCACAAUCAUCAAUCGUAGAGGAAACUACCAGUUUAACUACCCAUUCUGCAGAAGAUUUGAUCCGAAGAUUCUGUUCUCAUUUAGGAUUGGAUCCACAAGUGACAAAUGCGGCUGAACAUAUUGCGAGAAAAUGUCAAGAGCAUGGGAUUUUGGCAGGAAGAUCUCCUACAACUACUUCGAGUACAGCAAUCUUUUUGGCUGCCAAAGCAUUUGGAGUAGAUAUUACUCAGCAGAAGAUCAGAGACAAGACUGGGGUUAGUAUUGGUACAAUCAAGAAUUCAUAUAAGGUGAUGUUUGAGAAUAAGGAAAAAUUAAUCGAUCCAUAUUGGAUUGAAUCAGGAAAAGUUAAAUGGGAGAAUUUGCCCAAGAGUUAG